AUGCCAGACCACAACAAGCCUGACAGUGGUGGCACACCAGACCAUGGCCUGCCUGACAGUGAGCAUGACCAAAGGCCUGACACCAGCGGCAGACCUGAAAACAGUGGGCCAGACCAUGACGGGCCCGACAGUGAACCAGGCCACAACAGAUCAGACAGCAGUGGCAGCCUAGACAACAGCAACCCUGACCACAGUGGCAGGCCCGGACAGAGUAGGGCAGAAAAUGGCCGGUUCGACAGUGACAGCAGGCCCGACAGUGCCAAAACACCAGACCAUGGUGUGCCUCACAAUGAACCUGACAGAAGGCCUGACACCAACAGUGGACCUGAAAACAGCAGACCAGACCACGACAGGCCUGACAGUGGUGCAAGUCCAGAUUACAGUAAGCCCAACCAUGGUGGCAGGCCUGGACAAAGUAGGCCCAAAUUAAGGCCAGGCCAUAGCAAGCCUGGACACAGCAAGCCAGGUCACAGCAGGCCCGACAGUGACUAUGACAGAAGGCUUGAACACAGCAGACCAGACAGCGGCAGUCAGUCUGAACACAGGCCACACCACGGUGGAAGCCCAGGCCAGAGUAGGCCAGACCACAACAGGCCUGACAGCCACAGCAGGCCCGACAGUGGCAGUUGGCCUGAACACACUAAACCAGGCCACAGUAGGCCAAACCAUGGCAGGCCUGAACAAAGACCAGGUCACAACAGCAGGCUUGAAUACAGUAUGCCAGAUGACAGCAUGCCCGACAGUGGCAAGGCACCAGACCAUGACCUGCCAGACAGUGAAAACCACAGAAGGCCUGACACCAACAGCAAGGUCGAACAUACUACGCCAGUCUACGACAGUCCUGACAGUGGUGCAAAUUCAGACCAAAUCAAGCCCGGACACACUGAACCAGACUACAGCGGGCCUGAACAAAGACCAGACCACAGCAAACCUGGACACGGUAAGCCAGGCCACAGCAGGCCAGACAACAGCAAACCUGACCAUGGUGGCAGGCCUGGACAAAAUAGGCCCGGCCACGACAGGUUUGACAGUGGCCGCAGGCCCGGACACAGUGAACCAGGCAACGGCAGGCCAGACGGUGAACAUGACAAAAGGCCUGGCACCAACGGCAGACCAGAAAACAGUGGGCCAGACCACGACAGGCCCGACAGUCGCAGUAGGCCUGAACACAGUAGGCCAGACCAUGGCAAACCUGGACACGGUAAGCCAGGUCACAGCAGGCCUGACGGUGGCGGAACACCUGACCAUGACCUGCAUUACAGUGAACACAACAGACGCCCUGACACUAACAGGCCAGACAGCAGUGCCAGGCCCGGACCGAAUAGGCUAGACCACGACAGGUCUGACAGUGGCAGCAGGCCUCGACACAGUGAGCAAGGCCACAGGAGGAAUGACAGCAACGGCAGGCCCGAACACAGGAUGCCAAACCAUGGCAGGCCUGAACAAAGACCAGGCCACAACAGACCAGGCAGUGGCGUAACACAAGACCAUGUCCCGCCUGACAGUGAUCAAAAAAGGCCUGACGUCAACGGCAGACCUGAACACAGACCAGACCACGACAGGCCUGUCAGUGGCACAAGUCCAGACAACAGCAAGCCCAACCAUGGUGGCAGGACUGUCGUGGUCGAAUCAAGGCCAGGCCACAGCAAGCCUGGACACAGAAAGCCAGGUCACAACAGGCCAGGCAGUGGCAGUUGGCCUGAACACACUAAACCAGGCCACGGUAGGCCAAACCAUGGCAGACCUGAACAAACACCAGGCCACAACAGCAGGCUUGAAUACAGUAUGCCAGACCACAAAAAGCCAGACAGUGGUGGCACACCAGACCAUGGCCUGCCUGACAGUGAGCAUGACCAAAGGCCUGACACCAACGGCAGACCUGAAAACAGCAGACGGGAUGGCGGCAGCCAGUCUGAACACAGGCCACACCAUGGUGGAAGGCCAGGCCAGAGUAGGGUAGACCACAACAGGCCUGACAGCCACAGCAGGCCCGACAGUGGCAGUUGGCCUGAACACACUAAACCAGGCCACAGUAGGCCAAACCAUGGCACGCCUGAACAAAGACCAGGCCUCAACAGCAGGCUUGAAUACAGUAUGCCAGACGAUAGCAGGCCCAACAAUGGCAAGGCACCAGCUCAUGACCUGCCUAACAGUGAAGACCACAGAAGGCCUGACACCAACGGCAAGCUUGAACAUACUAGGCCAGUUUACGACAGUCCUGACAGUGGUGCAAAUUCAGACCAAAUCAGGCCCGCACACAGUGAACCAGACUACAGCAAGUCUAGACACAGUGUACCAGGCCACAGCAGGUCUGACAGUAGCAAAACACCAGACCAUGGCGUGCCUCACAGUGAACCUGACAGAAGGCCUGAACACAGCAGACCAGACAGUGGCGUAACACAAGACCAUGGCCUGCCUGACAGUGAUCACAAGAGAAGGCCUGACACAAACGGCAGACCGGAACACAGUAGGCCAGACCACGACAGGCCUGACAGUGGUGCAAGUCCAGACUACAGCAAGCCCAACCAUGGUGGCAGGCCUGGACAAAGUAGACCCAAAUUAAGGCCUGGCCACAGCCAGCCAGGUCACAGCAGGCCCGACAGUGACCAUGAUGGAAGGCCUGAACACAGCAGGCUGGACCACAGCAAGCCCAAUCUUGGUGGAAGACCCGGACAAAGUAGGAUAGACCACGACAGGUCUGACAGUGGCAGCAGGCCUCGACACAGUGAGCCAGGCCACAUGAGGAAUGACCGCAACGGCAAGCCUGAACACAGGAUGCCAAACCAUGGCAGGCCUGAACAAAGACCAGGCCACAACAGACCAGGCAGUGGCGUAACACAAGACCAUGGCCUGCCUGACAGUGAGCAUGACCAGAGGCCUGACAGCAACGGCAGACCUGAAAACAGUGGGCCAGACCAUGACAGGCCCAACAGUGGAAGCAGGCCAGAACAUAGGCCAGACCACAACAGAUCAGACAGCAGUGGCAGACUAGACAACAGCAACCCUGACCACAGUGGCAGGCCCGGACAGAGUAGGGCAGAAAAUGGCCGGUUCGACAGUGGCAGCAGGCCUGGACACAGUGAACCAGACCACAGCAGGCCCGACAGUGGCAGAACACCAGACCAUGGCGUGCCUCAUAGUAAACCUGACAGAAGGCCUGACACCAAUGGCAGACAUGAAAGCAGCAGACCAGACCACGACAGGCCUGACAGUGGCACAAGUCCAGAUUACAGCAAGCCCAACCAUGGUGGCAGGCCUGGACACAGCAAGCCAGGUCACAGCAGGCCCGACAGUGGCAAGGCACCAGACCAUGGCCUGCAUAACAGUGAACUCGACAGAAGGCCUGACACCAACGGUAGACCUGAACACACUAGGCCACUCUACGACAGUCCUGACAGUGGUGCAAAUUCAGACCAAAUCAGGCCCGGACACAGUGAACCAGACUACAGCGGGCCCGAACAAAGACCAGACCACAGCAAGUCUAGACACAGUGUACCAGGCCACAGCAGGUCUGACAGUAGCAAAACACCAGACCAUGGCGUGCCUCACAGUGAACCUGACAGAAGGCCUGACACCAACGGCAGACCUGAAAACAGUAGACCAGACCACGACAGUGGUGCAAGUCCAGACUACAGCAAGCCCAACCAUGGUGGCAGGCCUGGACAAAGUAGGCCCAAAUUAAGGCCAGGCCAUAGCAAGCCAGGUCACAGCAGGCCCGACAGUGACCAUGACAGAAGGCCUGAACACAGCAGACCAGACAGUGGCGUAACACAAGACCAUGGCCUGCCUGACAGUGAUCACAAGAGAAGGCCUGACACAAACGGCAGACCGGAACACUGUAGGCCAGAUGGCGGCAGCCAGUUUGAACACAGGCCACACCACGGUGGAAGGCCAGGCCAGAGUAGGCCAGACCACAACAGGCCUGACAGUGGAAAGGCACCAGACCAUGACCUGCCUGACAGUGAAGACAACAGAAGGCCUGACACCAACAGCAAGCUCGAACAUACUAGGCCAGUCUACGACAGUCCUGACAGUGGUGCAAAUUCAGACCAAAUCAGGCCCGGACACAGUGAACCAGACUACAGCGGGCCCGAACAAAGACCUAGCCACAGCAAGUCUAGACACAGUGUACCAGGCCACAGCAGGCCAGACAACAGCAAACCUGACCAUGGUGGCAGGCCUGGACAAAAUAGGCCCGGCCAUGACAGGUUUGACAGUGGCCGCAGGCCCGGACACAGUGAACCAGGCAACGGCAGGCCAGAUGGUGAACAUGACAAAAUGCCUGGCACCAAGGGCAGACCAGAAAACAGUGGGCCAGACCAUGGAAAGCCUGGACACGGUAAGCCAGGUCACAGCAGGCCCGACGGUGGCGGAACACCUGACCAUGGCCUGCAUUACAUUGAACACAACAGAAGCCCUGACACUAACACCAGGCCCAACAGCAGUGCCAGGCCCGGACCGAGUAGGCUAGACCACGACAGGUCUGACAGUGGCAGAAGGCCUGGACACAGUAAGCUAGGCCAUGGCAGGCCCGACAGUAGUGGUAUACCAGAUCAUGGCCGACCCAAAGAUGACCAUGACGGAAGGCCUGACACCAACGGCAGACCUGAAAGCAGUUGGCCAUACCACGACAGGCCUGACAGUGGUGCAAGUCCAGAUUACAGCAAGCCUAACCAUGGUGGCAGGCCUGGACAAAGUAGGCCAGGCAGUGGUGGAACACCAGACCAUGGCCUGCCAGAUGGUGAAUACGACCGAAGGCCUGACACCAAUGGCAGACCUGAAAACAGUGGGCCAGCCCACGACAGGCCCGACAGUGAAAGCAGGCCUGAACGGAGGCCAGACCACGACAGAUCAGACAGCAGUGCCAGGCCAGACAACAGCAAGCCAGGUCUCAGCAGGCCCGACAGUGACCAUGACAGAAGGCCUGAACACAGCAGGCCAGACAACAUCAAGCCCGACCUUGGUGGCAGGCCCGGACAAAGUAGGCCAGACCUCGACAGGCCUGAACAUGUAAAGCUAGGCCAUAGUAGGCCAAACCAUGGCAGGCCUGAACAAAGACCCGGCCACAACAGCAGGCUCGAAUACAGUAUGCCAGACCACAACAAGCCUGACAGUGGUGGCACACCAGACCAUGGCCUGCCUGACAGUGAACACGACAGAAGCCCUGACGCCAACGGCAGGACCGACAGCAGUGCCAGGCCUGGACACAGUAAGCUAGACAAUGGCAGGCCCGACAGUGACCACGACGGAAGGCCCGACAGCAACGGCAGACCCAAAUACAGUAGGCCACACAAUGGCGCAAGUCCAGCCUACAGCAAGCCCGACCAUGGUGGUAGGCCUGGGCAAAGUCGGCCCGACCACGACAGGCCUGAACUAAUACCAGGCCACAGCAAGCCUGGAGACAGUGAGCCAGGUUACAGCAAUUCGCCUGAACACACUAAACCAGACCACGGCAGGCCAGACAUCAGUGCCAGGCCAGACAAGAACAAACCUGAUCAUGGUGGCGGGCCCGGACAAAAUAAGCCCAACCACAACAGGUUCGAAAGUGGCAGCACGCUCCAAUACAGUAUGCCAGACGAUGACAGGCCUGAACCAGACCACAGCAAGCAAGGACAAAGUAAGCCAGAAAGUGGUGGAACACCAGACCAUGGCCUGCCAGAUGGUGAACACGACCGAAGGCCUGACACCAAUGGCAGACCUGAAAACAGUGGGCCAGCCCACGACAGGCCCGACAGUGAAAGCAGGCCUGAACGUAGGCCAGACCACGACAGAUCAGACAGCAGUGCCAGGCCAGACAGCAGCAAGCCUGACCAAAAUGGGAGGCCUGGACAGAAUAGGGCAGAACACGACCAGUUCGACAGUGGCAGCAGGCUGGAACACAGUAAGUUAGGCCAUGCCAGGCUUGACCAUGGCAGAAAGCCGGGGAAAAGUAGGCCAGACCACGGAAGGCCUCAGGGCGGUGGCACGCUCGACCAUGGCAGGCCUGCAAAAAGUAGUAUACCAGGUCAUGGCCAACCCAACAGUGACCAUGACGGAAGGCCUGACAAAGACGGACCCGAACACAGUAGGCCAGAUCACAACAGACCUGACAGUGAUGCAGGUUCAUACCACAGCAGGCCCAAGCAAAGUAAGCUCGGCCACAGCAAGACCGGACACAGUGAACCAGACCACGGCAGGCCAGACAGUGGCAGAACACCAGACCAUGGCGUGCCUCACAGUGAACAUGACAGAAGGCCUGACGACCACGGCAGGCCAGACAGCAGUGCCAGGCCAGACAACAGCAAGCCCAACCAUGGUGGUGGGCUGGGACAAAGUAGGCCCGACCACAACAGGCCCAAACUAAUGCCUGGACACAAUAAGCCAAGUUACAGCAGGCCCGACAUUGGCAGUUGGCCUGAACACACUAAACCGGACCACGGCAGGCCAGACAGCAGUGCCAGGCCAGACAACAACAAGCCCUACCACAAUGGCAGGCCCAGACACAGUGAACCAGACCACACCAGGUCCGACAAAACACCAGACCAUGGCCUGCCUGACAGUGAACACGACAGAAGCCCUGGCACCAGCGGCAGACCUGAAAACGGUAGGCCAGACCACGACAGGCCCGACAGUCAUGGUAGCCCUGAACACAACCACGGUGACAGACCCAGACAAAAUAGGCCAGAUCCCAGCAAGCCUGCGCACAGUAAGCCAGGCCACAGCAGGCCCGACAGUGGCGGAACACCAGACCAUGGCCUACAUGACAGUGAACACGACCCAAGGCGUGACACUGGCAGGCCCGAACACAGUAGACCAGACCACAACAGGCCCGACAGUCUCAGUAGGCCUGAACACACUAGGCCAGACCACGGCAAUUGCGACAGCAGUGCCAGGCCAGACAACAGCAAGCUUGAGCACAGUGGCAGGCCCGGACACAAUAGGCCAGACCACAACAGGCCAGUGAGUCUCAAUUGGCCUGAACACAGUAGGCCAGACCAUGGCAAGCCCGACAGCAGUGCCAGGCUAGACCACAGCAGGCCCGACAGUGGUGGAACACCAGACCAUGGCCUGCAUGACAGUGAACACGACAGAAGCCCUGAUGUUAACGCCAGGCCUGACAGCGGUGCCAGGCCCGAACAAAGUAGGGAAGACCAUGUCAGGUCCGACAGCGGCAGUAGGUCUGAACAUGGUAAUCCAGGCCACAGCAGGACUGACGUCAAAGGCAGGCCCAAUCACAGUAGGUCAGAUCAUGACGGAUCUGACAGCAGUGCCAGGCCAGGCAACAAUAAACCCGACCAUAGUGGCAGGCCCGAACACAGUAGGCCAGACCAGGAUGGUGGGCCUGACAGUGUCAGAAGUCCAGGCCACGACUGUUCUGACGACACAAGGUCUGACGGCAAUCGCAGACCCCAGCAUAGUAGGCCAGACCACAGCAAGCACGACAGCAGACCGGACCUCGGUGACUGGCCUGACAGUGGUGGUAAGCCAGUCAGCCACAGCAGGCCCACCCAUCACCACUAUCACAGCGGCAGACAUGGACACAGCAAGCCCAACUUCAAUCAUGGCGGCAAGGCUGGCCAGGAUGAUGAACAUGGUCCUAAGCCCUGUGACAGUAACAAGCCUGAACACCACCAUGACAGAGGACACAGCAACCACUUUGGCAGCAGGCCUGACCCCUGGCCUGUAGCGAGUAAACCAGAUGAUGGCAUGCCGGGUGAGGGCAACUGUCCAGAUGAGAGUGGGCGGCCUGGACACAAUUGGCCAAAUGAGGGCGGCAGACCUGACAACAGUGACAGGCCAAACCAUGGUGGUCGGCCUGAAACUGUAGCAAGACCAGACACAGCCAGGACCAAUUAG